AUGGCUACCUUGAAGUAUUUGAGUAUACUUGGUGAAGUCGUGCACUUCGGCAGUGAAUAUUGCCUGCGCGGGGUCUUCGAUGUAUGCCACGAUGCCUUAUCGUCUUCAUCUGAUUUUGCCAUCAUGGCACAGCUCGAUCAACAGUCGGGACAGAUGACGUUCUCCACCCGGUUCAGGCAUGAACAGAAAGUUGAGAACGAUACGAAGAUGAUGAAGAUGUCGCUCUCGUGGAGCAGGCAUCCAGAUCUGUUUGUCCACUAUGUUCUGGCCCUUCAAAAAUCUCUUCUGAUCCACCCGAAGUCGGAUAGACAAGCACGAAUUCCAGAUGCUAAGUUCUCGUUCUCCUGGCAUCCAGACACAGCGCACUCGCCCUCACCCUCGACCAGAGACGGUGCUCAGUCAGAACGACACUUGUCCUUGAUUGAAAAAGGCGACGUGAGCGCGUGUCUGGCGCACCCCAAAGGCGCUACCGGGGACAAGCGGUACUCCGUCGCGGGCGAUCAGGAGGCCAGCAUACGGAUGAGAGCGAGAGCUAUCGGAGGGAAAGUGCCAGGGUUGGUCGGUGACAUGACAUUGUGA